AUGUGCGCGGGCUCGGCGCUGCGGCAGGAGUACGGGCAGGAGUACGGGCAGGAGUACCGGCAGGAGUACCGGCGCUGCCUGGAGCGGGAGUUCCGUCGAGGCCGCGCCGGGGCCUGCUCCGACCCCUCCUUCGGGGAGCGGCUGCGGCAGCGGCUGCGGUUGGAGCCGGCGCUGCUGGGGGCCCUGCAGGAGGACGGCCCCGGGCUGCUGAGCCGCGGGCUGCGGGGCCGCCCCGACCCGGGGCCGGCGCUGCGGGGCCUGGCCAGCGCCUUCCGGCUGCUGGAGCUGGCGGCCGUCAACCUCUACCUCUUCCCCUGGCGGAAGGAGUUCGGCACCGUCCAGACCUUCUCUGGUGCGUACGUGCACUUGCUGCGCCCGGCACUCCCCGAAGCCGACUUGGUGAGGAUCUUCAGCCGGCUGGGCUACGAACGGCGUGACCGGCACUGCCUGGCCAUCUCCCGACCGCCCCCGGGGCCCGAGCUGGCCGCCGCCGCCUGCGGCUUCUUCGCCUGCCGGCUGGAGUGCGAGAUCCUGGCGGAGGUGAUGCUGCGGCUGCAGCCGCGCCAGCUGCGUGCCGAGGACCUGCUGGAGGCACGUUGGCUGGCCGGGGACGCGGACACCUGCGCGGAGAUCCUGCAGCAGCGGGGGACGCAGCGUGAGGCAGCUGCCAACUGUGGUGACACCGUGGAUCUCUACCAGGAGAUGCUGGCCGGUUCUGAGGACCCAGGGGGAGAGGACGCAGCCCGCGCAGCGCUGUGGAGGGACCCUGGCAGCCCACGGGGCGCUCAGGACGUGCCCGGGAGGGGCUGGGACCGCUGCGGAGAUGGCGAGCUUGGGCAGGAGCCAAUGCCCUCCACAGGCACCCCUGACCCGGACACCUCUUCCUCCUCUUGCCUCUUCCUGGAGCAGGAGCUCGGUGGGGCCAGCAGCCCGCUCUCCGCCCUGGCCACAGGUAGCAUAAGCCCCCCGGUACCAGUGGAGCCCCAGGAUUUGGCCCCCCCAGUCCUCCAGGAAGCCCCCGAGCUGCCCUGCUACCAGCUGCACUCCUGCCUGCGCCGGGGCACGCUGCCCUCCUACUGCUGCACCACCUGCCAGCAGCUCCACGCCGGCGCCUGCGUGGUCGGGCAGGCCUGCCGCACCCGCCACAGCGGACAGGAGCUGCGCAGCGAGAGGCAGCGGCGGCUCUGGCUGCAGCGGACGGAGGUGGACAUGCUGCUGGCCGAUGGCUCCGGGCCCUGGGCCUAG